GGGCGGCGAUUGGCUCUCGCCCCCGGGCACUUCUCUCACCGGGACUCGAGACUCCCGGGAAGUGGACAUUCAGAGUAGGGGGCUCGCUAGCUGUCGCUGCGAAAGCAAGUCGGAGGCCCCCGGCGAGAGGCGGCCAUUCAGGGUCGGGUGGGCUGAGCAGCCGAUGCGGCGAGGCUGCGGGCUGUGAGGAGUGCGUGGGGCAGGGGUCGGCACAGAAGCCAUGACCCCGCAGAACCUAGGAACCCUCUGCCUGUUGCUGCUGUACCUCAUCGGGGCUGUGAUCGCCGGGCGUGAUUUCUAUAAGAUCUUGGGAGUACCUCGCAGUGCCUCUAUAAAAGACAUUAAAAAGGCCUACAGGAAACUAGCCCUUCAGCUCCAUCCUGACCGGAACCCUGAUGAUCCACGGGCUCAGGAGAAAUUUCAGGAUCUGGGUGCUGCUUAUGAGGUUCUCUCAGAUAGCGAGAAACGGAAACAAUAUGAUGCGUACGGUGAAGAGGGAUUAAAAGAUGGUCAUCAGAGCUCCCAUGGAGACAUUUUUUCACACUUCUUUGGAGAUUUUGGUUUCAUGUUUGGAGGAACUCCUCGCCAGCAAGACAGAAAUAUUCCACGAGGAAGCGAUAUCAUUGUGGAUCUAGAAGUCACUUUAGAAGAAGUGUAUGCAGGAAAUUUUGUGGAAGUAGUCAGAAACAAGCCUGUGGCAAGGCAGGCUCCUGGCAAACGAAAAUGCAACUGUCGGCAAGAGAUGCGGACCACCCAGCUUGGCCCGGGGCGUUUCCAGAUGACCCAGGAAGUGGUCUGUGAUGAGUGCCCUAAUGUCAAGUUAGUGAAUGAAGAACGAACAUUGGAGGUCGAAAUAGAACCUGGGGUGAGAGAUGGCAUGGAGUACCCCUUUAUUGGAGAAGGUGAGCCCCAUGUGGAUGGGGAGCCAGGAGACCUACGGUUCCGAAUCAAAGUUGUCAAGCAUCCAAUAUUUGAAAGGAGAGGAGAUGACUUAUAUACAAAUGUGACCAUCUCACUGGUCGAGUCUUUGGUGGGUUUUGACAUGGAUAUUACUCACUUGGAUGGUCACAAGGUACAUAUAUCCCGGGAUAAGAUCACCAAACCGGGAGCCAAGCUCUGGAAGAAAGGGGAAGGGCUCCCCAGCUUUGACAACAACAACAUCAAGGGUUCUUUGAUAAUUACUUUUGAUGUGGAUUUUCCAAAGGAACAGUUAACAGAGGAAGCAAGAGAAGGUAUCAAACAGCUACUGAAACAGGGAUCAGUGCAAAAGGUGUACAAUGGACUGCAAGGAUACUGAGUGAAUAAAAUUGGACUUUUGUUUAAAAUAAGUGAAUCGGUGAUAUUUAUUAUCUGCAGGGGUUUUUUUGUUGUUUGUGUGUUUAGUUUAUGUUUUCAAUAUGCAAGUUUGGCUUAAUUUUUCUUCUAAUGAUCGUCAUGCAAUGAAUAAGAGGGAUUAAGAGUCUGUUCAUUUUCAUUCAGAAAAAAAAAAGACCAGUGCGAAAGGUUUCAUAAUACCUCUCCCUUUGGGGAUUCAAAGUCUGGUGCUGCCAUCUGAGUUUCCAGAAUUAAAGAUGCAAGAGGACUCCAGGAGCAAAAGAAACACAACAAAAAGGCUUGGAGUUUGUUGUUAGCUGUUUUGUUCAAAAUGCCAACUGGAGAAGUCUGUUUUUAAAUACAUUUUGUUCGUAUUUUUUUCUUGA